GGCCACCUAUUGCACUUUAGCGACUAAUAAAUCUUUAUUGUGUAGUAUGCUUAAACGACAGCGUUUUAAAGCAAUGUUCUAAUCCCCAGUUUUCAUUCGGCUGAAGUAACACAAAAACCACUGAAGUUUUGUUUGCUCCGCACUUGGCGAUUCAAUUUUGUUAAUCUUCCCAAUGAGAGGAAGCAUCGGAGUAAGGCUUCAAAAUUCCAACAUUUCCAAUGCCACAAGAAAAACCCUAGUUUCAUUUUCUACAUCUUCCGGUUUCGGCGGCGGCGGUGAUGGCCGUGGCGGUGGCCGUGGUCGAGGAGGCUCUUUCUCUGGCCCGCCACAGUUUAACUUCAACGAAAAAGCUCCGGGUAACCCUAACCCUAACUCCAGCGAAUCGAAAUCUGACACAACAGAUUCACCAAUUCCUCCUGGUUCUGGCCGUGGCCAUGGUCGUGGUGGAACAGUUCCUCCUCCAACAGGUUUUCCUUCUUUUUCCUCAUUUAUGUCUUCCAUUCAACAACCUAGUAUAGGUCGUGGUCGAGGUUUUGGUCCAUUACCACCUCAAUCUGAAAAUGAUAAGCAGCAAGAACAACAACCUGAUUCUGUACCUAAGAAACCCGUUUUCUUCAGAAGAGAGGAUAAUGUUUCUCAGACAGAAACAAAUGAAGUAUUGCCUCACAAAAAACCCAUUUUUACUAGAACGGAGGAUGUUAAACCAAUAGAUUUAUCUGGUGAUAAUGAGAGUGAUAGUAUGUUCUCAAUGAGCUUGUCAGGGGUGUUGCCUGGAACUGGGAGGGGGAAGCCCGUGGAAGAGGCGGGUCGAGAAGCUCCUCAAGUUACAGUAGAGAAUAGGCAUAUCCGCAGUCGUCGAACUACUGGUGAUGCUGCUUCUGAGAAUGUUCCUAAGAGACAGCCAAUGCUAAGCCAGAAUGAUGGUGAUGGAAGUGGUAGUGGAAGAGGAAGAGAACCUAGGGAGAGAGGUGGGUUUGUUCGUGGCCGAGGUAGAGGACGUGGUAGAGGAAGAGGUGUUGGAAGGGGAGGCUUUAGGGGGGCGGGUGCAGAUGAUAGGAUGGGUCAGAUUCAAGAUUCAGCGCGUUCCAAUGCUGCUGGGCUAUACACGGGAGAUAAUGCAGAUGGUGAAAAAUUAGCUCAGAAGGUUGGGCCUGAGAUAAUGAAUCAGUUGACGGAAGAGUUCGAGGAGAUUGUUAGUAGAGUUCUACCCUCUCCGUUGGAAGAUGAAUAUGUGGAAGCAUUAGACAUUAAUUGCGCUAUUGAGUUUGAGCCGGAAUAUAUUAUGGAGUUUGAUAGCAAUCCAGAUAUUGAUGAGAAAGAACCAAUUCCACUUCGGGAUGCACUAGAGAAAAUGAAACCAUUCUUGAUGAAAUACGAGGGGAUUAAAAGUCAAGAAGAGUGGGAGGAAAUAAUGGAAGAGACAAUGGAACGAGUUCCAUUAUUGAAAAAGAUUGUUGAUCACUACAGCGGACCUGAUAGAGUAACCGCAAAGAAGCAAACAGAAGAGUUAGAGAGAGUUGCUAAAACUCUUCCUGGAAGUGCGCCAUCUUCUGUGAAGGAUUUCACUAACCGAGCUGUUAUCUCUCUUCAGAGCAACCCAGGCUGGGGAUUUGACAAGAAAUGCCAAUUCAUGGAUAAGCUAGUUUUUGAAGUGUCUCAGCAUCACAAAUAAUCUAAUAAGUCUUUCAAGAUUAAACAUGGUGGGUUUCAUAGUAUACAAUUUUAUUUACUCGUGGACAAGUCAUGCUUUCUUUCAUUUGUUUUUGAUUAAAGAAACUGCUAUAACUCUUGUAAUAAUAUGAAUGAUAGCUAUCUUGUAGCAUUGAUGCGAGAAUUUUCCAUUUUGUUUUAGAUUCUUGGCUAUAAAGAUAGAGCCCUGUCUGUAAAGUUAGAGCUUGCCUGUUUUAGUUUUUCCUAUAAUAAUAGACAGAAGAUGCAAUAAUAGACAGAAGAUGCAGAGGAGAAGAAAUGGGGUGAUGCACACAUUGAAUGCUUUUAAUGUUGGCAUGUAUUUCUUUGCUCUUAUAAUAUGAGUUGACUAUUCUUUCUAUUA